CGAUAACCUCGGCCCCUGAGGGGCGAGCGAGCCCGCACGGAGCGAACCGCACUCGGCGCGGCCACGGUGUAUGCACUCUGGUGGACGCGGAAGAGGGAGCUGCUCAGAGCGAGGCGUGCCGACUGCGACCUGCGCAAGGCGUCACCGCGACCGCCCUUCCCAGCACCUUCACGCCGAGCAGCCCACAACUCUCCGGCACGCUUCCUCCGUCGUCAGCAACAGCCGCCAAACUCCCUCCUCCCCACCGAGGGAACCGCCGCUCCAUCGCCACAUCUGACAACGCAGACCCCCCCCCCCCCCAACACGGACCCGGACCAUGGCAACGCUCGGCGACGUGCCCGUCUUGCUCCUGCUCCUGCUGCGGGUGCUGCUCGAGUGCUGCUGGGCGCUCCUCCUGUGGCCCCUGCGCCUGCUGCAGCUGCUGCCCCGCCAGACGCGCUCGGUGCGCGGCGACCUGUGCGUGGUGACGGGCGCCGCGCAAGGCAUGGGGCGCCUCACGGCCCUCGGACUCGCCCGCCUGGGCGCGCACGUGGCCGUGUGGGACAUCAACGGGGAAGGGGCGGAGGACACGGCGGCCCAGGCGCGGGAGCUCGGGGUGCAGGCGCGCGCCUACAAAGUGGACUGCAGCCGCAGGGAAGACAUCCAGCGUGCAGCGGAGCAGGUGAAGAAGGACAUGGGGGAGGUGUGCAUCUUGGUGAACAAUGCCGGGGUCGUGUUCGUGGACGACCUCCUCAGCCUCGAGGACCACGAGAUCCAGAAGACGUUUGACAUCAACAUCCUGGCUCACUUCUGGACUGUGCGCGCCUUCCUGCCCAGCAUGCUGGAACGAAACAACGGCCACAUCGUCACCGUGGCCUCGAUGAGCGGCAAAAUUGGCACGCCCUUCUUGGUCAACUACAGCUCCUCGAAGUUCGCCGCCGUGGGUUUCUCCGAGGCUCUGCAAGCGGAGCUGCGCUUGCUCGGCCGGGACGGUGUCCGCACCACCUGCCUGUGCCCCUACUUCGUGAACACCGGCUUCGUGCAGAACCCCCAAUCACGGUUCGUCGACGUGCUGGAGCCCGAGGCGGUGGUGUCGCGCCUCCUCUCCGCGAUCCUCGCCGGAGAAACCCUCGUGCUCAUCCCUUCCUCCAUGCAUUUCAAUAUUCUCUUAAAGAGCCUGCUCCCCACCCGCGCCCUACAAGCGAUCUACGCCACGAUGGCGAUCAGCUUCAAAACCCGCGCCGGCCUCGCGGGGACGAAGACGAGCGGCGAGGAGGCGCAGGAGCCCGGAGCGGAGCGCGGAGCCAAGGUGCGCCUCUGAGAGCCUCCCAACAUCCAGCCCUGGAGGGCCGGGGCUGGAUGUUGUGGCAACGUGUCUGCUCGGAUCUCUCGACACACGCGGAGACGCCCUGAAAAAGAGGGGAAUGCUGAUCCCGCAGUCGCCAAAUAAAAAAAACCUGACGAA